GUUUUAUUGUCAAAGUCACGAUGGUCGUCGAACAGGCGAUCUAUGAGACCGCUUUGCUGCCCUUCAUGAGGAUUAGCUCUUCUACAUUUGUCUCAUGAGGUGAAGAGACCUAUCAGUGACAGUAUCCAGGAGAAAGGCCCCUUUCCUCACUCGUUAAGAAGAGCCUACACGAGACAAAAGCUCCCUCCUCAAUCCUGCAUUCCCACCGGCCUCAUUGAGAGACGAGGCUGUCCAGCUUGCAGCUUGGGGGAUCACACUCUGCUCUGCUCUUAGCCUCCUGAAGGACCCAAUUACUUUGCGAAUCUCUAUCCAACAUGCAGAUGGUCACUGUGGAUGGGUACCUCGCCAUCGGGGAUAGGGCCAGUCAGCUGAGCAAAGUAAAGGAGGAAUUGGAAAGCGUCGUCAGCGCUCUUCCGACACAGAUCCAUCCAGACGAUCGUACCAAAUUCCUGGACGCGCUUCUUGGUGAUUUGGCUGACAGACAUGAUGCACCAUGGACCUUAUGGCCAGAGAAUAUCCACUUGCUCACUCUAACCGCUAUCAAAUCUCUGGGGAGAAACCCAAUUGGCUCCGAACCUCUCCUCUUCAUACCGCACAUCCGGACCAUCCUGUAUCACUCUUCCCUACCUCUGAGUCUUGAGCUCUUAUCAUCAUCCCCUUCCGAUGAUCCCGCACCUGUAUCUCCUGGCCCCAACCCUUCAGGAUCUUCAGGCUCAUCGACCCACGCACGACGCCCAUCACCCGACUCUCCUCAUGCAUUGGAGGCCCUGAGGAUCCUAGCGAACCUCUUGGUCCUUCAUCCAGAAGCAAGAGAGUCAUUCACCGAGCUAGGUGGUGGGAGAGCCAUCGCUCAAGCUCUCGCUGGGCUAGAUGGAGAAGGGCAGGUCAUCCCAGGUUGCGAGGACGAAGAAGAUCCGGAGGAACUGUACGAGAUCGGUACUGAAAGGUUGUUCUUACUUGGUCGACUCGGAUUCUUAGCCACUAUCGAUAGGAGUGCUGCGGUCAAGAUGAUGGUGGAUGAAGAGGACCUAAACAAGUCUCUUGCCUAUCAUUUGUCCAUCUUGGCUCCUGUUCAGGCCAAUUUCAUGGCUCUGACAGAACUCUUGAAGCUCGUCAAUAAUGUCAUUCGAUUCUAUCCUCACGCUACACCUUCUAUGGACGCCGAGCCGUGGUCAGAAGCGUUUGACAUCCUUCUCGCACCCUGUCUUGGUCUCCUCUACUCCCUCCCCUUCAUUUCUCUCGCUCCGCCCCUCUCUUCCACUCUCCAUGUCCUUCUCGGUGUCCCAUUCCUCCCUCGACUGUUGUCAGUAUGGGAAUCAGUCCCUAAAAGCCGGAGCAUCGACUCCAACUCCUCUUCACCCACUAGUACCACUUCGACCGUUAAAAAUCUCCUAAACAAAAUGUCCAUUGCCUCGCCUCAGCGCAGAGCGACCUCCUCGAGACGUGACAAGAGCCCUUCGCCACCGCGAGAUCGAGCGGCGCAAUCCCAAGCUACAACGGGGCGACCUACGACGCCAGUUCAACAAAGGUUAUCACCUCCAAGGCGAUUUGGCUCCUUGUCACGAUCCCCAAAGACCCCACCUAGGGUCAAGCUGCGUGCUUCACCUCUUCGAAUUCCUGAUAGACCUGUACCUCUCAGUCCUACUAGGCAUGACCCAACUGCGUUGCCGCGUCGCGUCCUUGCGGUGCUCAAAGACUUUUUCGACACAUACCUCCCUCUCGCCAAGAACCCGGAUGAAGCUCUGCCUCAAGGCUUGGUUCUUGAGGAGGCAUUGCCUCCUGUCUUCUUACUCUUGGCUCGAGCAGUCAUGGCCAGUGACGAGAUGCGUCUGUCAUUAAAGGAAGAGCUGCUUCCGAGAGACCUUGAUCGAUCGGCACAAGCUGGCCCGCUUGAGAAGCGACCCGGGCUACUCGGCGCAAUCUUACGCUGUAUGCAGUCUUCAUCACAUCAUCAAACUCGAGAUACAGCCGGGGAAUUGAUGUGGGCUAUCUGCCAAGGCGACGCCUCUACGCUCUCCGCCGAGAUAGGUUAUGGGAACGCUGCGGGGCUGUUGUUCCGGAAAGGUAUCUCGGGUCUGCCGCCAGGCAAGAUUGAGACGAUUGACGACGAGCGCGCGGGCGAGAAUCCAGCGGCAUCUGCACCAGCCUCCCUGGGGACUAGACCAUCCAUUCUUCCGCUCAACCCCAUUACCUCCCUCGAAGAUGCUCCCUCUCCGGGCGCUUCCACAUCCUCAUUCGCGGACCUCUCGCCGGAGGACCAAGAUCGUGAAGCGUCGAAACUGUUCGACUUGUUUGACAGGCUCGACCGAAAUCCUGUUCUCAAAGCGCAGGGUCCAAACGGUCAAGCGGUGGGUAUCAAGGAGGCCCUGAAGGAGAAGAUGGUCUCUGCAGAGGUUGAAAGUGAAGCGCAAGAGAGGGCAAUGAGGGAGGCAGAAGAGCAGGAGGACGAAGAGAGUGUGAGGAAGGAGAUGGAAGCGUAUAGGCAGAGGAGGGCGGCGAAGUGAGAGGCGAUACAGGAGAUGGGAGCGCACAGAAGGACACAAAGUGAAUGCUGACCGACAUUGUGUGGCGUGAUUGUGUUUGACAGAAUAGUAUAAUAAGGCCCGUACCGUGUCGAGGAAUACGUCCAACAAGACGCAUGUCAUGGUUUUGUG